AUUAAUAUACAAAGUGUUUUAUUUAAUGCAUCUUACCAAACGACCAAAUAAUAGACCAUGCAUGAUGUAUUGUGCUCAAUAAAUUGGACCAUUCAAAUUUCAUCAAUAAUGCCAUUUGACGUAAACAGGAGUUAGAUUUGAGCAUGAAGUGUGGGCCCCAAUUAGGUUUGACCAGAGACCAACAUAACCAUGGUUAAAUGAACAAGUUCAAGUUCAGAUCAGCGUAGUAAAUAAAUGAAAACCACACGUGUGGGGUUGAGGGUACUAAGGGUGGUACCAUUUGGUCAGAAUAAGAAGAGAGAGGAGUCCUACGGCCUGUUGGGUUUCUCUCCGUAUAUAGACCGAGAAAAAGUAAAAGAGAAUUUGCAGACUCCUUUUUAGUUUUAGCUUUUUUCUCUAUAUAUAAACCAAACAUUUACUGAUACCCAAAGACUCAAUUCACUGCAAUCCCUUAAAGCAGAUAAAGAAGAAAAAGAGUUAAGGAAACAUGCCUGGAAGUUUAGACCCUUUGGAUGUGGGCGUUCAAAUUCCAUACUACUUUCGUUGUCCAAUCUCCUUGGAGCUUAUGCAGGAUCCGGUAACAGUUUGUACCGGUCAAACGUACGACCGGCAAAGUAUUGAGUCCUGGGUGGCCACCGGCAAUACUACGUGUCCUGUAACAAGGGCGCCGCUUAGUGAUUUCUCUCUUAUUUCAAAUCAUACUCUUCGCCGGCUUAUACAGGAUUGGUGUGUUGCGAACCGGGCUUUCGGAGUUGAGCGGAUUCCGACGCCGAAACAACCGGCUGAUCCGGUUUUGGUCCGGUCGUUGCUGAAUCAAGCAGCGGCUGAGUCGAAUCAUUUGAAGUCUAGGCUUUCGGCGUUGAAGAGACUCAGAGGACUCGCUCGUGACUCGGAUAAGAAUCGAUCCGUAAUUUCGGCGAACAAUGCACGUGAAAUCCUUUUGUCUAUUGUGUUCUAUCGCAUGGAUUCCGACUCGUCCGAGUUGAAUCACGAGUCUCUCGCGCUUCUCUCUUUGUUCCCGCUCUCUGAAGGUGAAUGCUUUUUUGUUGCUUCCGAUCCGGACCGAGUUAGUUACCUGGUUUCUCUGCUUUUUCAUCCUUCUAUCGAUGUCCGAGUCAACUCAGCUGCUUUAAUUGAGGUUGUCGUCGCCGGAAUAAGAUCGGAGCUCCGUGCACAAAUCAGCAGUAUAGAUGACGUCUUCGAAGGAGUAGUCGGAAUUCUGAAUUAUCCAUUAGCCUAUCCGAGAGCGUUGAAAGUCGGAAUCAAGGCGCUGUUUGCUUUAUGCCUAGUGAAGCAACACCGCCAAAAGGCAGUGGCCGCCGGAGCGGUGGAAGCGCUAAUUGACAGGCUACAGGAUUUCGAGAAAUGCGAUGCGGAAAGAGCGCUUGCCACGAUCGAACUCCUCUCCAGGAUUCCAUCCGGAUGCGCCGCCUUAGCGUCGCACGCGCUAACGGUGCCUCUGCUGGUGAAAACCAUCCUGAAGGUAUCGGAGCGUGCAACGGAGUACGCCGCCGGUGCACUGCUAUCGCUCUGCUUGGCGUCGGAACAAGCUCAAAAGGAAGCGGCUGCCGCCGGCGUCUUGACUCAACUGCUGUUGUUAGUCCAAAGCGAUUGUACAGAACGCGCAAAGAGAAAAGCGCAAUUGCUGUUGAAGCAGCUACGCGAUUGUUGGCCGGAGGACUCCAUCGCCAAUUCGGAUGAUUAUUUUGCCUACAGCGACGUCGUUCCUUUUUGAGUAGUUCACCAUUCUUACCUCUGUCUUGCACAAUCUCCCCCAAUUUUUGUAAUUCGAGUAAAAAAAAAAUCAAGUGUCUAGAUUUUGCUAAAUAGGGUAUUAUUCCAGUGUAUGUAAUUUUUGUACCUAAGAAAACAAUUUUUUUUGGCUGGAAA